ACUCAUCAUAUCACAGUGCACGAAUAAAACAACCCUUUUGUACUUUCUUUCAAGUCUUCCUUCCAAUACUCAUUCCAUUGCACUGUUCAUUUCCAUCUUCUGUUCCCUCUCUGAUGUGAGAAGCCAAAGUGCAAGAGAAGAAAAGGGUGGAUGUUAGUGUUGUGAGUGAUGAGAGUGUAAGGCACACACAGCACAUGGAAGAAGCAGAGAAGGAGUUAGAGAGAAGGACCAAGUUUCUGAGCAGUUUGAUACAGAAUAAGAAGAAAGCCAUAGAACCUGAUAAUGAUGAUGAUGAUGGUGAGAGAUUCAAGGUUCAUGUCAGAGCUUGUGAUAUGCCACUCCCUUUGCAGAACCGUGCCUUCCAUUGUGCACGUGUCCACCUGGAGUCUGUGCCACCUGGCAACAAGCUUGACAGUAAACGCCUCGCACUUGCCCUUAAGAAGGAAUUUGAUUCUUCAUAUGGUCCAGCUUGGCACUGCAUUGUGGGUACUAGCUUUGGUUCGUAUGUUACACAUUCUGUUGGUGGCUUUUUGUACUUUUCCAUUGAUAAGGUUUAUAUCCUUCUCUUCAAGACUGCUGUUGAACCAUUGGACCAUUGAUGACUUCCACAACUAUGAGCCUGCCUCCUUGGGAAAAUAUAUUUUAAAAUUUAGAACCAGCUGAUGUGUAAAAUUACAAAGUGAAACAUUUAAAUACCUGUAUUCUGUGAUGUAUUUGAUGCACUUCUUUUUGGAUUUAUCGUCUGUGGGAGAGCAUUUUGAAUGCAGAAUUUCUUGUGGCAAGUCACAAGAUUUCAUAUUGUUCAGUUCACAGUAACAUUUUAUAGAAUUAUCCAUCUGAUGAAAAAUGUUUGUAGAU